AGUGACUCGGGCGCUUUGCUUCAAGUCUCUUUAGACUGAAGAUCUUGGACCGGUCGCUCACGUUGCUGGAGACGUUAAGGGAUUUUUCGCCGUGCUUUUUAAAAAAAAUUUUUUUCUUUCUUUCUUUUUUUUUUUCCCUGAGGGACUUUGAGUAUUUGUUUCUUUUCACACUGGCCUUAAAGAGGAUAUAUUAGAAGUUGAAGUAGGAAGGGAGCCAGGGAGGCCGAUGGCGCAAAGGUACGACGAUCUGCCCCAUUACGGGGGCAUGGACGGAGUGGGCAUCCCCUCCACGAUGUAUGGGGACCCGCACGCUGCCCGCUCCAUGCAGCCGGUCCACCACCUGAACCACGGGCCUCCUCUGCACUCGCAUCAGUACCCGCACACAGCUCACACCAACGCCAUGGCCCCCAGCAUGGGUUCCUCCGUCAAUGACGCUUUAAAGAGAGAUAAAGAUGCCAUUUAUGGACACCCCCUGUUCCCUCUUUUAGCACUGAUCUUUGAGAAAUGUGAAUUAGCGACUUGUACACCCCGCGAGCCAGGGGUGGCGGGCGGGGACGUCUGCUCCUCUGAGUCAUUCAAUGAAGAUAUAGCCGUGUUCGCCAAACAGAUUCGCGCAGAAAAACCUCUAUUUUCUUCUAACCCAGAACUGGAUAACUUGAUGAUUCAAGCCAUACAAGUAUUAAGGUUCCAUCUGUUGGAAUUAGAGAAGGUACACGAAUUAUGUGACAAUUUCUGCCACCGGUAUAUUAGCUGUUUGAAAGGGAAAAUGCCUAUCGAUUUGGUGAUAGACGAUAGAGAAGGAGGAUCCAAAUCAGACAGUGAAGAUAUAACAAGAUCAGCAAAUCUAACUGACCAGCCCUCUUGGAACAGAGACCAUGAUGACACGGCCUCGACCCGGUCAGGAGGAACCCCCGGCCCCUCCAGCGGUGGGCAUACCUCCCACAGUGGGGACAACAGCAGUGAGCAAGGUGAUGGCUUGGACAACAGUGUAGCUUCCCCCAGCACAGGUGACGAUGAUGAUCCAGAUAAGGACAAAAAGCGUCACAAAAAGCGUGGCAUCUUUCCCAAAGUAGCCACAAAUAUCAUGAGGGCGUGGCUGUUCCAGCAUCUAACACAUCCUUACCCUUCUGAAGAACAGAAAAAGCAGUUGGCACAAGACACGGGACUCACCAUCCUUCAAGUGAACAAUUGGUUUAUUAAUGCCCGGAGAAGAAUAGUGCAGCCCAUGAUAGACCAGUCCAACAGAGCAGUAAGUCAAGGAACACCUUAUAACCCCGACGGGCAGCCGAUGGGAGGCUUCGUCAUGGAUGGUCAGCAGCACAUGGGCAUCAGAGCGCCAGGACCUAUGAGUGGAAUGGGCAUGAAUAUGGGCAUGGAGGGGCAGUGGCACUACAUGUAACCUUCAUCUAGUUAACCAAUCGCAAAGCAAGGGGGAAGGCUGCAAAGUAUGCCAGGGGAGUAUGUAGCUCGGGGUGGUCCAAUGGGUGUGAGUAUGGGACAGCCAAGUUAUACCCAGCCCCAGAUGCCCCCUCAUCCUGCUCAGCUGCGUCACGGGCCCCCCAUGCAUACGUACAUUCCUGGACACCCUCACCACCCAGCUGUGAUGAUGCAUGGAGGACCGCCCCACCCUGGAAUGCCAAUGUCAGCAUCAAGCCCCACGGUUCUUAACACAGGAGACCCAACAAUGAGUGGACAAGUCAUGGACAUUCAUGCUCAGUAGCUUAAGGGAAUCUGCGUUGUCUGCAAUGGUGACUGAUUUCAAAUCAUGUUUUUUCUGCAAUGACUGUGGCGUUCCAUUCUUGGCAUCUACUUUGGACCAAGGAGCAUCCCUAAUUCUUCAUAGGGACUCUUAAAAAAAAAAGCAGGAAAUAUCCACUGAAGUCAAUUUGGGGGACAUGCUAAAUAACUAUAUAAGACAUUAAGAGAACAAAGAGUGAAAUAUUGUAAAUGCUAUUAUACUGUUUUCCAUAUUACGUUGUUGCUUAUAGAUUUUUUAAAAAAAAUGUGAAAAUUUUCCACACUAUGUGUGUUGUUUCCAUAGCUCUUCACUUCCUCCAGAAGCCUCCUUACAUUAAAAAAGCCUUACAGUUAUCCUGCAAGGGACAGGAAGGACUGAUUUGCAGGAUUUUUAGAGCAUUAAAAUAACUAUCAGGCAGAAGAAUCUUUCUUCUCGCCUAGGAUUUCAGCCAUGUGCGCGCUGUCUCUCUCUUUCUCUCUCUCUCUUUUCCUCUCUCUCCCUCUCUCUAGCCUGGGGCUUGAAUUUGCAUGUCUAAUUCAUUUACUCACCAUAUUUGAAUUGGCCUGAACAGAUGUAAAUCGGGAAGGAUGGGAAAAACUGCAGUCAUCAACAAUGAUUAAUCAGCUGUUACAGGCAGUGACUUAAGGAGACUGGUAGAAGGAGGCAUGGAAACCGAAAGGCUGUGUGUUUUAGAAGCCUAAUUGUCACAUCAAACAUCAUUGUCCCCAUGCAACAACCACCACCUUAUACAUCACUUCCUGUUUUAUGCAGCUCAAAAACAGACUGAAGAUUUAUUUUUAAUAUGUUGAUUUUAUUUCUGAGCAAAGCAUCGGUCAUGUGUGUAUUUUUCCAUAGUCCCACCUUGGAGCAUUUAUGUAGACAUUGUAAAUAAAUUUUGUGCAAAAAGGACUGGAAAAAUGAACUGUAUUAUUGCAAAUUUUUUUU